CUCAGAGUUCAGCCAGCACCUCUCAUUCACUCAUUGAGUCUCCAUUGUCCUCCUUCCCCUAAACCCCAGCCCCCCAGCUGCCCCUAGCAUUGCAGAAGCCCAAGUUCUGCUGGUGUUCCACAGCUCUGCCCAACAUUCUAAGUCACCUUCAGCUCUCCCAGUCCCCCUCCUAGCUCACACAGAGAGGGAGUGUUUGGAGGGAGUGUUGUAGAGGGAGGGUUUGUUCUCUCUCCCUCUCUCUCCCUCUCUCUUUUUGUGUUGCUAUCGCUGUCGUAGUUGUUGUGGCUGUUAAAUUUUAAACUGGCAUGCACUGUGCUUCCAGUAUGCUAGGAGCUGUAAAAAUGGAAGGACAUGAGCAUUCAGAUUGGAGCAGCUACUAUGGAGAACCAGAGAGUUAUUCAUCCGUGAGCAACAUGAACCCUGGACUUAGCAUGAAUUCUAUGAAUACUUACAUGACCAUGUCUGCUAUGAGUACCACAGCCAACAUGAGCGCAGGCACCAUGAAUAUGUCCUAUGUUAACACGGGAAUGAGUCCAUCCCUGACCGGAAUGUCACCUGGCACUGGGGCCAUGGCUGGUAUGGGUACCGGGGUGGCCAGUAUGGCAAGUCACCUGAGCCCUAACAUGAGUCCAAUGAGUGCCCAGACUACGUCCAUGAACGCCUUGGCACCCUAUACCAACAUCAAUUCCAUGAGCCCUAUCUAUGGACAAUCCAACCUUAACAGGUCCAGAGACCCCAAGACCUACAGGAGAAGUUACACUCAUGCCAAGCCACCAUACUCCUACAUCUCGCUCAUUACCAUGGCCAUCCAACAGUCCCCAAAUAAAAUGCUCACCUUGAGUGAGAUCUACCAGUGGAUCAUGGACCUCUUCCCCUUCUACCGGCAGAACCAACAGCGUUGGCAGAACUCAAUACGCCACUCUUUGUCCUUCAAUGACUGUUUCCUCAAGGUGCCCAGGUCUCCAGAUAAACCGGGAAAAGGCUCCUUUUGGACUCUACACCCUGACUCUGGGAACAUGUUUGAGAACGGCUGCUACCUGAGGAGACAGAAGCGCUUCAAGUGUGACAAAAAACACACCCCAAGAGAAGGUGGUGGUAAGAAACUCUCUGAAGGGUCUUCCAGUGUUGGAUCUGCUGCCACUAACAGCAGCUCAGAGAGCUCUGGAGGCCAUGAGUCCCCCCAUUCCAGUUCCUCACCUUGCCAAGAGCAGAAAAGGUCCCUAGUAGACAUGAAGUCCAACCAAGGUUUGAGUCCAGACCACACAACAUCUCCAGUAUCUCAAGCCCAACACUUGCUCUCACAGCACCACUCAGUCCUCUCUCAUGAGGCUCAGUCUCACCUCAAGCCAGAACACCAUUACUCUUUCAACCACCCUUUCUCCAUCAAUAACCUCAUGUCUGAACAGCAACAUCAUCACCACCACCAUCAUAAUCACCACCACCACCAUAAAAUGGACUUAAAGGCAUACGAACAGGUUAUGCACUACUCUGGCUAUGGCUCUCCAAUGGCCGGAAGCUUAGCUAUGAGCACAGUAACGAACAAAAAUGGGAUAGAAAGUUCUCCAAUUCAUAGUGACACCUCAUACUAUCAAGGUGUGUAUUCUAGACCCAUCAUGAACUCUUCCUAAUUCUCCACCAGACAAUGGACUUUUCAUGCCCGGCUGUAUAUAUAUAUUACAAAAAAAAAAAAUGAUUUAAAAAAAUAGUAUGUGUCUGAAAUGCUGUUUGAACCCUUUUUUGAGGACCAGGUGGUCUACACUAGUGGUCAAGCAACCUGACUGAAACUUAGACAUUUCAAACUGUACCUGUUUGCCCCUUUAAGAUGUCUGCUUGGUUGAUCUUUGAGUCCCUUUGUCAUUUGUUCCCCUUUAUUUUUUAAUUUUGAUUGUUGCAGGGGUUGUUAUAUUUUUGUGAAACUGGACGAACCCUAUACGUUUACUGUGUGAAUCCCAUGGUUUCUACUUAAGGACCAAACAACUAUGUAAUAAUAUCCCAAGAUGUAAAAAAGGAUGAGGACCUUAUUGUUGUAUUUGAAAACAAAAAUGUUGAAUUUUUUUUCCUUAUCUUUUUUUUGGUUCGAUUAUUUUUUUUCGUUGACAGUUAAAUGCUUGAAAUUGAAUUAAUUUAUGGUAUGUGUAUAUUUUUUAUUUAUGACUGUGUA